AUGGCGAGGUGGAAUCGUUUGGUCGCUUACAUCUGCUUCUUUCUCUGCUUUCAAAUUGCCGUUGGCCGUGCUUUGGUCCCUAUAAAAAGACAAGAGGAUUCUGCAACAGCCAUCACUUCUACACGAACCGGGACUGCUCGCGAUGGAGGACCUACAACAUCCUCAGUGCCUUCGGCCAGGUCAGCAACAACAACGGCCACUAACACACUUUCACUCUCCGCGUCGAGUACUUUAUCCAGCUCCGCGACCAUGCCAACCGCUUCCGACGAUACUACCUUUGAUAACUCGACCCUCUUCAACAGUACGAUUCCGGAUGGCCAACUGCCCCUUGAGCCCCAGAUUACACCUGGUUGGGCCGUCGCUGGUGUCAUUUUGAUGUGCGUUGGUCUUGCGUACACCUUGAUUGGCAUAAGGCACCCUGCCAUGCACAACGCCCUCUCCGUCGCCUACGUUGUGGGUUUGGGAAUCACGGUGCUGGUGGUUUAUCUCAUUCCACUACCCGUUAGCAAUGCCAGUCAAGGAGGUCUCGUUGUCGCCGCAGUCCUCCCCGGUGUCUUAGUUGGUGUCGUUGCUUCGCUAUGGUUUAAAGAAAUCACCGAAUGUUUUGCCUGUGCGCUCGGUGGCUUCUGCUUCAGCAUGUGGCUAUUGUGUCUGCAUGAAGGAGGUUUGCUUUCUGGUCUGGGAAAAGUAAUAUUUAUCAUUGUUCUGACUUUAUCGGCAUUCGCCGCGUUCUUCACUCGUUGGACGCGAGACUGGGCACUCAUCACCACCAUUUCUUUCGCCGGCGCCACUUCGAUUGUCUUGGGCAUCGAUUGUUUCAGCAAGGCUGGACUGAAGGAGUUCUGGGCAUACAUCUGGCACUUGAAUGAGCAUCUCUUUCCACAAGGUGUAACCACGUACCCUAUGACUAAGGGUAUACGAGUUGAGCUUGCGGCGAUUGUUGUGGUUUUUUGCGUCGGUAUCAUUUCUCAGAAGAGAUUGUGGAACGUCAUCAAAGAUCGCCGUGCUAAGAGGCAAGAGGAACUGGCUGAGGAACGACGAGCUCGCGAUGAAGAGGAGAUCAAUAUCGGAAAGCAGAUUGAAGCCGAGACUGCUCGCGAGCGACGGGCCUGGGAGAGGGUUCACGGCGACCACGAUUCUGGCUUCGCCCGCGACAGCGAAAGCGAGAAGGGGGCUCAAUAUAGCCCGACCAAUUCGGCCCCUGGAUCUGAGCCUCUCUUGGUGGCUGAGAUGCCGGGCUCUGAAGUACCCCCUGCUGUUCCCACCAAGACAACCCCCCGAGGUCUAAUGACCUCCGAAAAGGAGAAGGCGGGAAUGGUGACAGUGCGAGUUGCUCCGGACGGAACUCCUGCGGACUCGGAUGUCGCGAAAGAAAACAUGGACGAGAAAGAAGUUGCGGUUCAGACGACCGAGAUUAAUGAUCAGGGAAUUCAAGAAGCUGCCACUCCAGUUCCAGAAGUGGUACCGCUACCCUUCAAAUUUCCUAUUGAGAAUGACAGGCCGAAAUCGAGGGCAUCGACUGUCGCGACAUUUGCCGAUGACGACGAGGUACAGACGGGAGUUGUGAGCAACAGGAGUUCGUUUGCCAAACAUCUUUCCCAAAGCUCAACCAUGUUGAUGCGCAAAGAUUCUCAACGUACCGCCAUGUCCCAUCAACAGAAUGGCCCCAGUGAAGAAGAGCUGGCGGUUUUCCGGAAACAGCGGAAAGACGAUGAUAAUGGCUCGAUGGCAGCUACAAUCGACUCUGAGAACGACAGCGGUGAGAGCACUCUUCAAGAAGUCCGUCACCGAAGCGUCGAACUCAACGUCGAGCUGGCAGACAAGGAGAGCGCCCUCGAGAACCAUAAAGCAGCCUCUGUGAAAUCGGCAGCACUGCCCGAAGAAGACUCCAAACCGAAAGACUGCAAACAUGUUUCAUCCGCAGAAACUCUGUCCGAUGAUGCUCCCAGCAAGUCGACGAUCGAGCAGGGAGUCGUCUCCGAUAAUACCACCGAAGAGUCUCAAGCGGAGCCAAGCAAGAACGAAGUCAGUGAAGAGACCACCACAGAAAGCAACGGAACGAAGGAGGUGGCCAAGAACGAGGCCCUUUCGCAGAAGGCCAAAUCGGUUGAUUCGGUUCACUCAACGCCGGUGAACCUGACGGAGGAGCGUCUGCCUCCUGCGCUUUCAAAUGUGGCGCUGCAUUACCGCACAAACGAAUGGGCCAAGCACCUGAGUCACGCAGAUGUACCCGUGCCAGAGAAGUUGUCAGUUGUCGAGUAUCCCGACGACGAACAACAGAAGGAAGAGUCUCCAGUCCCUGUAAAUGUGGAAGAACUAAAGCAGACGGCUCUGACAGCCACGCCAGCGCCUGCUCGACCAAUGUCGACGUACGCUCCUGCCCACAGCCACCUGCGGAAUGGUUCUACACAGUCUGGGUUUGAAAACCCUGCCUUCCAAUCUCCAACGAUGCGCCAUCCGGACCAUCAAAGGGUCUCGAGCAAGAACCAAAUUCCAACAGUUCAGUCCAUUGCAGAGGGAAGUAUACAUGUGACGCCUAGAGCACCCAGUACCAAGAGUGGCAGCUCUGGCCGCAUGUCUGCUGGACCUUCGCCUACCACACAAGCUGGGUUCGAACGGCCUCCCCCUCCCCCGGGUGUUAUGUCUUAUGACAGCCCACAAAGUUUGAUCGCCCAACGGAGUGUCGUUUUGCGGAACAAGACCUACGGAAUCUUGACCGGCGCAAACACGAUGACCGACCUAUCUGCCACGGGCCAACGGCCGGUCAGUGAAGUUGGCUCCGUGUACAAUUACCCCGCCUACUCGCCGCAGGCGCCAGCAGCUUCGUUUGACGACCUACCUCUCAGCCAACGCAAAGAGCUCAUUCGUCGCCAAAGCAGCUUAAGUACGAACCGGUCUUCCAUGAUUGACCAAAGGUCAGCCAGCGGCGUGUUUAUGCCAAGCAUGCCUGUUGAACAACUCCAAUUUGAUUCUCACCAGCCCAUCCGACACUCCAACACGCCAUCUCAGGAAGCUCGUGAAGCUAGACUGGCCAGCUUCCGCAAUUCAGUCCGCGCCGAUCUGCGUAACGGCAUGGCGGUUGCGCCGCCAGCCGCUGGCGGUCGUGACAUGUCUAUGAUGCUUCGCACAUCCAGCUCGCCGAAUAUGGUUGCACAAACUACCUCUCGAGAGGCUGACAUGCAGAGGAAUAUAGACCUGCAGCGCAGCUUCCUGAUGAGCCAGAAGGAUGCAGAAGCCAAACGUCGUGAGAGGGAGAGGAUGGAAAAGGAGAGAGCAGAUCAGGCCUUCACGAGGAGUAUGCAGGCAGGUGACAUGUUUGAUCUGCACCGAGACGCACUGCGAAGAAUGCAGCAGGGUGCCAAAAACACUUGA